AUGCUGGAUUUCAUGGACUACGUCCAACUCGCCUUUGCCGAGGCGACCAAUUGGAACCAGGACAAUUCCUACUCGGCGCUCACAACUACCGCGCAGUCGAUCCUGGAAUUCGAGACUCCCGAAAGAUUGCGUGUUCGUCUUUCAUCGCUUUCAACACCGCAUUUUGCGACCAGUUAUACACUUGGAACGGUCGGAUUACUUGAUGGAUCCAUCUCAUACCUCUUCAGCACAGUUCCCUUGCACAAUACCCCCAGCCGAAGCGCCCUAAUCCCACUUCGAAAGAUCUCCCCGGGUUAUCGACAAGUACAGGCUCCCGAGGCUUCAGUAUUGACUUGGGGAUGGGACUCUCUUCUUGAUGGCGUCAGGAUUCCUGGGUUCAAUGGCGGAUCGCGUUCAGCGACUGCAGCACACAAGGAUGGCAACCAACCAGUAGAAGACAAGGCGCAACGGAAGGCAACACUUUUGCACGCCUCGCUACACCUGCCAUCGCCGACUACACUAUAUGCGCUUUUCCUGCGUAGGAUGUCUCCAACAACACAGCUGUCGCUUGCAGUCUGCUCAACUCAGGGACCGCCAAUGUCAAAGUCCGCGCCACAAGCCUCACUGCUAGCCCAUCUCUCCCACGACACUGGGAAGUACUGCAAUGAGUACCUUUUCAGUACAGACAAUGCGCUUCUUGGCUGGCGCGGUCUCUGGAACUUCGGCGCUGAUCCUCGAUAUACCCCCGCCAAUGCGCCUCCCCGUCUCUCUCUCCUGUCUGCCGGUGCAGAGGCAUACUAUUCUCCAGUCUCGUCAAUAAUCGGCAUGUCAACUGGCCUGCGAUUCAGCACACUUCCCGCCGCGACUGAAGUGCCCUCAUCUUCCUCCUCGUCUUCAACCAACCAUCCCACCCCCAUCUCCACCUUCCCGUACACAUUAACCCUAACUCUCACCCCAAUCACUGGCUCUCUAUCCACCACAUACUCCCUCCGCGCCUCGCCAAAUCUCUCCUUCAGCUCACGCUUCGGCUUCAACGUUUACAGCUGGGAAAGCGAAAUGGUUGCCGGAUGUGAACUUUGGCGCCGAGCUAGAAAAUCCACAUCCCCCGCCGACGACGGGCUCGAAUGGGCCCGCCGUAAAAUGCGCCUGCACGACUUUUCCGCUCCUCUCCCGGGAUCCCCGCCAUCCUCUCCACUCCUCUCCGACCCGGUUCAACCCGAGUCUGCCAUCACGUCGGACGAGAGCAGCCAGGGCGAGGCUAGUGACUCGGUCAUUAAGCUUCGCAUUGACCAGUCCUGGAAUGUGAGAUUGCUCUGGGAAGGUCGCGUGAAGGAGUUGUUGGUGAGUGCGGGCGUCGGGCUGGGCCCGGGUUCGUUCUCGCUGGCGCCGAAUGUUUCCUCCGCGGCGGGGAGUGGGUCGGCGCAGAGUGGAGGUGGCCCUGGCACGUCGUACUGGCGCGGGGUUGGAGUGUCGGUGAUGUAUUCAUCGUAA